GGCGCGUGCAGAAGGUGUGAUGCGCUUUGCACGUGUCCAACGGUUUUCAGUGAAGGCGUCGAACAGGUUGAUUCAGAAUGACUUCUGGAAGAGCUGUGAUUGGGAAGUUAGCUCCUGAUUUUGAAGCUACAGCUGUGAUGCCUAAUGGACAGUUUGAACAACUCCAACUAUCUAAAUACAGAGGAAAAUAUGUAGUCUUCUUUUUCUACCCACUUGAUUUCUCCUAUGUGUGUCCAACUGAGAUUAUUGCUUUUAGUGAUCGUGUAGAAGAUUUCAACAAGGUUAAUUGUGAAAUAAUUGCUGCUUCUACAGAUUCCCAUUUUGCUCAUUUAGCUUGGAUCAACACCCCGAGAAAGCAAGGAGGACUUGGUCCAACAAAAAUCCCCUUGGUGUCAGAUCUUCGUCACACAAUCUCCUUAGAUUAUGGUAUCUUGAAGGAGGAUGAAGGCAUUGCUUUCCGAGGUUUGUUCAUCAUUGAUAAUGCUGGUAUACUGCGUCAGAUAAUGAUCAAUGACUUGCCUGUUGGGCGUUCAGUGGAUGAAGUGAUGAGGUUGGUUCAAGCAUUCCAAUUUACAGAUGAACACGGGGAAGUUUGCCCUGCUAAUUGGAAACCUGGUGGUGAAACCAUAACACCUGACAUAGAAAAGAGCAAGAAUUACUUUUCAAAACAGAAGUAGUUUUUCUUUCUUUUGCAGUUGAAUAUAACCAGUGUGAUAUAUUAGUUCGUUAUAUAAGUGAAAACAAUUGGUAGUGAGAAUGUAUUUUGCUAAGUUUUUUUUUGCUGAGACUAAUACUGAUAGGAAAAAUAAAAACAUUGCACAGUCUUGCUUGAUGAGAAUAUCUAUUGAAGUAGUGAGCUUGGAGGUCAGUGUAAUAAGUUCCUGGAAAAUUGAGUCUUAAGGUUACUGUGCUAAUCUCCAUGCUUGACCUUCAAUUGUUGCUCUUGUUGAGUGAUGCUAAGCAUCAAAGUCUUGCAAAAGUUAUGCUGUCUUAAUAAAAGUUUUCCUCAUUUGAUUAGGUGUCGUAGUAAUGCCUUUGAAUAAACCAAUGUUUUGUAGAAUUUAUUGCAUAUUUUGUGCAUUUAUAAAUAGAAAAUAAAUGUUU